AAAAAUUCCGCGCGAGRGCGGUCAGACUUUCAGUUGCCUAUUUCUACGAUAUUAUUGAAUUGCUUUAGCCAUAUACGAUUAUUUUUGGAUAAUCGAAGAUUUAUAAUGAUUCUGUGAAAAUAAYCUCAAGGUUUUGGGGAGCGAUUGUAUGAAAUAAGACCGGAAAAGUAGCAAGCUAUUUUAAAGUGGAGGUUGCUUUAUUCUUCCGCAGAAAUGGGCAGUGAAUUAUCAUGGAUUCUUCUCUGUCUAAUACUUGGUUGUGUUGGAGUUACAACGCGUUCUUUUGAGAACUAUGGCUACAAUUAUUAUGAUAGCUUCGAUGAAUCGUUAUUUCAACGGUCAAGAACACUACAAGAUGAAGUAAAACAAGACAUUGAUAUAUCGAUGCCAAACGUUCACCCACAGAAGCAUGAUUCCUAUUUUUGUACAUCAGUGAAGAUGAAUACAAAGGAAUAUAUCACUGGUUAUGAACCUCAUGCAGAAAUGCACACUGCUCACCACAUGUUACUGUUUGGCUGUCAAAGUAUACCAACUCAAGAAAAGUAUUGGAACUGUGGUGAUAUGGGUGUUGGUGUAUGCUCAAGAGGUUCAGGAGAGAAAAUUAUGUAUGCAUGGGGAAGAAAUGCUCCAGUUUUAAAACUUCCAAAAGAUGUUGCAUUUGAAGUUGGUGAUACAGAUACUAGGUAUCUAGUUCUACAAGUACAUUAUGGUCAYGUAGAUAAGUUCAAAAAAAAUCCUCAGCUGACUGACAGAUCUGGUGUUGUGCUAAAGGCAACAAACAAGAGACCAGAUUCUUUCAAAAAAGGGGAAAUUCUACUCUUAGCAAGUGAUGGCUCAAUUCCACCACGCAAAAAAGUUUUCAAUCUUGACUUGAGCUGUAUAUACAGCAACAAAGCCAUUAUUCAUCCCUUUGCUUUCCGAGUUCAUGCUCACUCUCUUGGAAGGGUUGUAACAGGCUACAGGAUUCGUAAUAAUGAGUGGAAGUUAAUUGGCAAAGGAGAUCCUCAGCGACCACAGGCAUUCUAUGAUGUCAUAGACAAGRCUGACAUCAGACCAGGAGAUACGCUGGCUGCUCGAUGUACUUAUGAUUCAACUACUCGAGACCGAACAACAUACAUUGGGGCAACGAUGAAAGAUGAAAUGUGCAACUUUUACACAAUGUUUUACUACGAUCCUGAGACUACAAAUAGCUCACCGGAAGAUUCYUGUGGAUACAAUUCUAAAAGACUGCACUACCCUGCAGAUUCCAUAGUACCCCUUCCUGAUAACGGUCAAAAGAUGGUGAUGAAACGAGAUGUAGAUCCCUGUCCACAUUGUAAGAGAUCAACAGAGACUCUAAACGUUGAAGAGAAUUGGCCUGCGGGUGGAGCGAGUACUGGUCAGCUUGCAAAUAGCGUUGGGCAAAUUACUGGCGUUUCCAUGGCUACUAACGGUGAUGUUGUCAUCUUUCACCGUGCGACACGAUCCUGGCAAUUUGAUACCUUUACAAAUAAUGUGCUUAAAGACGACUAUCAAAAAACUCCCAUCAAGGAUUACACAGUCUCUUGGUUGGAUGCCAAGACUGGAUUGAUUAAAAGACAAUGGGGUGAUAAUAAGUUUUACCUCCCACAUGGAUUGACAGUCGACAAAGAGGACAACCUAUGGCUAACUGAUGUAGGCUCGCACCAGGUUUUCAAAUUUCCUAAAGGCAGCGAAGAUCCUWCAAUUGUAAAAGGAAAACGUCUAAAACCUGGAAGCGACAAUGAACACUUCUGUAAGCCAACAGCUGUUGCUCUGGACUCUGAUGGAAACUUUUUCGUUUCUGACGGGUAUUGCAAUCAGCGUAUUCUCAAGUAUUCACCUAAUGGAAUAUUACUGCUUGUAAUUACAAACCAAGCUUUAGUUCAAGGUCUAGCUUCACCGAGUUAUUUUUCCAUCCCUCACAGUGUYUCUACUGAUAAAGUUAAUAAUCGACUCUACGUCGCUGAUCGUGAAAACGGACGGGUUUUGGUUUUUGACACUAAAACAGUUAGUCUUCUUAGAAUUAUCGAUGGCUUUGGAUCCCGCGUAUUUGCAGCACAUUACUCGCCUUUAAAUGGGGGUUUACUUCAUGUGGUAAAUGGCGACGAUGGUAGGUCUAAAGUAAGUGGUUUUACGUACAGUCUACGAGUCAAUAAGAUUACACAGACAUGGUCUCCUCCUGAGGGUUUUGAGAUGCCCCAUGAUGUAGCGUCAGACAAUGCUGGUCACGUAUACGURGCUGAAAUCAAACACCAAAAGGAUCAAGGAAGAAUCUGGAAAUUCGUUUAGGCCCAGCAGGCUGGGUUGAAAUGUUUUCUUCUUGUACAUAAUGUCUCGAUUCUUUUGCUCUAUAAUGGGUUAGCUUGAUUUUGAGUUUAUUUUUACAGCAAGUUCAUAAUACGAGCACAUAAAUACUCACAUCUUAUUUUAAUUAAUGAGAAAUCGUUCCUUUCCUGGACCGAUUCCUGGACCGAUUCUGAAAAGAGAUGGUCGCUUUACCAAAGUGCAUUAUCGGUUAAAAACAGGUAGAUAUUUAUCUAUUGUAAGGCAGAGGAAAAAUAUAGUUUCUCCUAACCGUGAAUUCUAAAAUAAUAUUUUUAAAUGCUCGAAAACACGGGACGCACGUCCUUGCGUCAUAUAACUGCAAACCGGCAGCGACUUUGCACAGCGGUCUUCGUAUGUUUGACGUCAUAAGGUGAUGUCAUCUGUAGAUAAGGGAAGUCAAUAUGAACUAUAUUUAAUGGGGGGUGAUAUAAUUUAUAGACAUUUCCGUACAAUGUACGUUUUAUAAUGGUUGGUGACAUUCAUUUGACAUAAUAUUUAGCAAGCUUUUCAAAAACCCGUGAAAAUACACUUGUAAGUCUUCUUUGUCUUUACGUCCCACGUUCAUUACUGUAUGUUUUGCACUUUGACUGAGACGCACUUUGUUUCACGGGUUUUUGAAAUCCACCUCGAAAUACUUAGCGUACAAAAACAGGACAUAGUAUAAUACACGCGCCAACGCAUCUCAAAAUCAUGGACAUUGUAGACUCGUUAUUCACCGAGAAAUGCUUGAUCAACUGUACCAAUAAUAAGUCAGUGGAUUAUUAUUUAAUAUUCAUAGGUGCAUGCUCCAUUUCUUAAGGAUACUUUUAUCAGAAUAUCUUUGAAAGGUAUGCUGGUAUGUAUGUCAAAAUGUAUGUUGAUUGUCCUUACAACAAUGCACGCAAAUAAAUAUCUGGGACAAGUGA